AUGGCCUGGACCGCUCUCCUUCUGAGCCUCCUUGCUCACUUUACAGGUUCUGUGGCCUCCUAUGAGCUGACUCAGCCACUCUCAGUGUCAGUGGCCCCAGGACAGACGGCCAGGAUCACCUGUGGGGGAAACAACAUUGGAAGUAAAGCUGUGCAGUGGCACCAGCAGAAGCCAGGCCAGGCCCCUGUGCCGGUCAUCUAUGGCAAUAGCAACCGGCCCUCAGGGAUCCCUGAGCGAUUCUCUGGCUCCAACUCGGGGAACACCGCCACCCUGAUCAUCAGCGGAGCCCAAGCCGGGGAUGAGGCCGACUAUUACUGUCAGGUGUGGGACAGCAGCAUUGCUGUCUCCAGGCAGACUGUAACUCAGUGGGCAGCUCCUGUGCUCAGGGGAGUCUCAGGUUCCAUGGCCUCCUAUGAGCUGACACAGCAGUCAUUGCUGUCAGAGUCCCUGAGACACAUGGCCAGGAUCACCAGUUGUGGAAAUAGAGUGGGGAAAAUUAUGCUCAUUGCCUCCAUGGCCUCCUAUGAGCUGACUCAGCCACCCUUGAUAUCAGAGUCCAUGAGACAGACAGGCAGGAUCACCUGCCCUAGAGAUAAAUUGGGGGAUAAAUAUCCUUCCUGGUACCAGCAGAAGCCAGGACGGGCCCCUGUGUUGGUCAUCUAUGAAGAUAGCAGUCAACCAUCAGGGAUCGCUGAGUGA